AUAUCAAUUCUUCGAAAAAGAAAAUUAAAAAAAUAUCUCACAAUUCUCUUCUCUCUCUCUCUCCCUAUACAAAAUGGAACCUAAUGAAAGCCAACAACACCACCUCAGCUCCUACUUCACCACCACCACCACCACUCCCGCCACCACUACCCCUUCACCCACCAAUGGACUUCUUCCGCCGCCUCCCAAUUCUGCUUCCGACGGUGGCGGCGGACCUCAUAUGGUCUUCCCUCACUCUGUCGGACCAUCCUCUGCUGCUGUCUCAACUGCACCAGUGGAGCCCACGAGGAGGAAGCGUGGCAGGCCGAGGAAGUAUGGAACGCCAGAGCAAGCAUUAGCGGCAAAGAAAACGACGUCAUCUUCUUCUAAUUCUUUUCCCAGGGAGAAGAGGGAAGCGACUUCUUCGACGUCUCCUGCCUACUCGGGUUCCUCAAGAAAGUCUCAACAGUUGCUUGCCCUUGGCAAUGCCGGACAAGGUUUUACUCCACAUGUUAUAAAUGUUUCUGCUGGUGAGGAUGUAGCUCAGAAAAUUAUGCUUUUUGUGCAACAAAGUAGGCGUGAAAUUUGUAUUUUGUCUGCUUCUGGUUCAAUCUCAAAUGCAUCCCUCCGCCAGCCAGCAACUUCAGGAGGCAACAUUACAUAUGAGGGUCGGUUUGAGAUCAUUUCGCUAUCUGGAUCUUAUGUGCGCACUGAUAUUGGAGGUAGAACUGGAGGGCUUAGUGUAUGUCUAUCUAAUACGGAUGGCCACAUCAUUGGAGGAGGGGUUGGUGGACCCCUAACAGCUGGUGGCCCUGUUCAGGUCAUUGUAGGUACAUUUGUGCUUGAUAACAAGAAGGAUGUUAACACUGGUGUAAAAGUUGACGCGUCUCCAGUUGGGGGACCAUCAAUGUCAAACAUGGGCUUCCGUUCUCCGGGUGAUUCGACUGGGAGAAAUCCAGUCAGGGGAAAUGAUGAUCAUCCAACCAUGGGAGGCAAUCCUUUCAUGAUUCCUCCUCUAGGUAUGCAUGUGGCUCCUUCAAGGCCCACAGAUUGGAGGGGUGGUCCAGAUACUAGAGUCAAUACCGGUUAUGACUUGACAGGAAGAACAGGUCAUGGAGCACACCAAUCUCCUGAAAAUGGUGACUACGAACAAUUUCCGGACUAGAGAUUUAUUUUGGGCUUUGAAAUAGUGUUUUCCCAUAUCUAUCUCUCUAAUGACACAGGUACUUUGACAAGAGAAAUACAUUGUACAACUUUUUUCACCCAUUGUGGAGUGUAACAUGGUAUAUCUGUACAGAUUACUUGGACUCAUAACUCUUUGUUAACUUAUGCUAUUCUUAAAUUUGACGUGUUGAUCUUAAUAAUUUCUAGGUCUAUGAUUCUGCAUACCAUUGAAAUAUUGUCUUCUAUUGAUCAUUUUGCGUGCUCGUUGGUAAAGAAACUCACCCGUUCUGGAGUCGAAGGUGUGAGUAAUGCAACUUGGGAUAAUUACAAUUAGUGAUAAUCACUAUUUAAGACAUGUUAUACGAAGCAUGGUUUUGGUCUUCGUCCCGGAUAAAAGGAAGAUCCAAUGUCGAUAUUUGACGAGCUGUAAUAGCAUGAACGUAUGUUGUCUUUUUGCUUCUUAUUGAAAUGGAGUCAAAUCUUGUUUGUUAGA